AUGGCGGAGGUGCUGCUCCGGCUCAGGCCCCGCAGGGUCAUGGCUGCAGCGGGGUCAGAUGCGACUGGCAGGACUGCGCUGCCCAAGUCUGGAGGGCAACCGAGGAGCUUCGCAGCCGCGUCCUCGCCUUCUCAGCGCGCUGCUCCUGUGGGGAUGGGCGGCGACGAGCCGUUGUUGCUGCGGCAGCGAAGGAGAGGGUUGGAAGCCUUGGUGCUCGCCGAGGACAAUAAGUACCCCAUCGCCGACGAGAUGAACGGCAUCUUAGUUUGGAGAUGGCAUCUUAUUGUGGAGAUGCUCAUGGAUGAGACGAGCGUCGCUUGA